AUGUCUCGUGAAGCGAUUGAAAAUCUUACGCUAGAUCUGGAGGAGAUGCGAACGCUUGCAGGGAGUGCCCAACGCAAUCGGGUGCAACAGAUGCUAGCGAUAGACAUUCGCAAACUGGAAACGGACAUUCAGCGCCAACGGGAUCUUUUGGCCGCCCAAGCCAGCAGUGAACAGAGCAUUUCACGACCGGUGCAAACAUCCGUGCCCGGUGAUAUCCGCCGGUAUCAGGUGGAGCUGAAAGAGUACGCAUGGGAUCAGAGUGACAAAUUUAUCAAAAUUUUCGUUACCGUCAAUGGUGUGCAGCAGGUGCCCGAGGAUAACGUGAACGUGGAGUUUACGGAAAACUCAUUCCAGUUGGUUAUAAGCGAUCUCAACAAUAAGGAUUACAUUUUUGUCGUAAACAAUCUGCUCAAUUCGAUCGAUGCGGAAAAGAGUUACCGACGCGUAAAGUCUGACAUGGUGGCGAUUUAUCUAGCCAAGCAAGCACCCACCAAAUGGGCACAUCUGACACUAACGGCAAAGCGCCUGCAGGACCUAAAAGACGAACGGCUGUCGGAUGGUAAAAAGUCUACGUCUGACGAUCCUUCCGCCGGAUUGAUGACCAUGAUGCAGAAACUUUAUGAAACCGGCGACCCGGAGACGAAGCGCAUGAUGAAUAAGGCAUGGCACGAAUCACAAACAAAGCCGAAGCUGGGCAUGGAAUAA